AUGUUCCAUCAACAAGGAGAUGAUGUUGAUUACGUAGCAGAUGAACAUGAAAUGGAAGAACUAGAUGUUUUUAUUGAUGAGUUCCAAGACAUAGACUUGGAUGGCUUUGAUUCGGAUAAUUAUAGAAUGAAAGAUAUUUCGGCUGUUGAUGUGAGGAAUGGCAGAGAUAUUCAAGGGAUCCCCUGGGAAAGGGCUAUCGUAACCAGGGAGAUACGUAGGCAAAGAAGGCUACAAGAAUAUCAGAACUACGAAAAUAUUCCUCAAUCUGAUGAGACAUCAGAAAAGGAGUGCAAAACCACAAAGAAAGACGGUUUAUACUAUGAUUUCAGAUAUAAUGCAAGUUCCGUUAUACCAACGUUCUCUCACACUCAGCUGAGGAAUAUGAUCUCCGCAACUUCUAAGCAUGAUGUGUACCUACUAUCACAUUUUUCUCUCAUGCAUUGGUCAUCCUUGACCUGCGUGAAAACUGACAUUCUUGAUUUAUCAGGGCAUGUAGCGCCAUGUGAGAAACAUCCUGAAAGCCAUUCAGAGGGAUUUACACACACCGAAGUAAGCACUCUCGCUGUGAAUGAUAAGUUGCUUGUUGCUGGUGGAUUACAAGGAGAACUUAUCGUCAAGUAUUUAGAUAAGCCUGGAGUUUGCUUUUGUUCUCAACCAACGUAUGAUGAUGAUGCCAUUACCACUGCUAUUGAGAUUAAAAACACUGUCAGUGGUGCACUUCAUUUUUUCGCUUCAAAUAAUGAUUGUGGAGUUAGAGAUUUCGAUAUGGAGACAUUCCAACUGUUUAACCAUUUCCAUUUACCCUGGCCAGUGAAUCAUACAUCAGUCAGCCCUGAUGGUAGGCUUCUCAUAGUAGUUGGGGAUGAUCCCGAAGGAAUGUUGGUUGACUCCAGGAAUGGAAUGGCUCUUUCUCAUUUGUCUGGACAUGUGGACUACUCAUUUGCAUCAGCGUGGCAUCCUGAUGGCCGAACUUUUGCAACUGGGAACCAGGAUAAAACGUGCAGAAUAUGGGAUUGUCGGAACUUGUCCAAGUCAGUCACUGUUUUGAAGGGAAACCUUGGAGCUAUUCGGUCAAUCAGCUACACGUCUGAUGGCAGAUUUAUGGUUAUGGCAGAGUCUGCAGAUUUUGUCCAUGUUUUUGAUGUUAAAAGUGGAUAUGAGGUGGAGCAAGAAAUUGAUUUCUUCGGUGAGAUAUCAGGAGUGUCUUUUAGUCCCGAUACAGAGUCCCUUUUCAUUGGCUUGAGGAAUCGCACAUUUGGUAGCCUCCUUGAGUUUGGACGACGACACAACUAUUCAUACCUUGAUGCAAUGAUAUGA